CUUGAUUUGACAGAUCGAUCGCAUGAGCUCACGUCGAAUGCACCCGCACACACAUGAAUGAACGAAUCCACACAUACAUACAAUGUCUCCCCCAUGUGUGUAGGAAUGCACACUUAUCACACAGCAGACACGGAACAGACAUGUGUUCACCCAUUCACCAGCCUGAUGUAAAGGUGUCAUCAGCAAGCCACUCUGCCUGAUUGAUUGAUUGAUAGACUGCAAAGAGCACCAUUGUGUCUCGAAAAAUAGGUCAACUACGCAGACCAAGAAUUGGAGACAACAAGCGGCGAAGCGCACAAACACACAAAACAUACACAUGCACACACAUCUAUACGAAAAAUAAGGCGACAAUCAACAGCCACUCCCCCAUCUCGACAACUAACACGAAUUACCAAUGUUGGGACCAACCCAUCACGCACACACUCAUGUGAAAGUCACUGCUCGGCUCGAGUCAGUCAUGAGACAGCCAUCCAUUACACCAGGCACGACCACAAGCACACACCCCAUUCCCUCCCAAUCAAACACACACUCAUGCAGGAGUCAUUGGUCGGCUGAAUCUUACAAACCCAUGAUAUCAGCAAUGGUCCAAUAAUUGUCGAUAACUGUGGUGGCGGCGAUGUUGUGGUCGCACGGAUUGCCGAGUAGCUCGUUGGGUGGGGCACCAGGGUCCCCAGCGAUUCCAGCGUUGUUAAGUGCAAUCUGCCAAAAGGAGUCAUCCCGCUUUACGACUAUGCCAGCGCCGCUCGCUCCCCCGUUCGAGUCAAACUUGUGGUUGACUCUCGUCUCGCCAAGAUCGCAGAAAGGAAAGUCUCCUGUGAAAUCAAGUCGGAAAAGCAAAGAACAUUCAAUUUCAAACCUUUUGGCUAUCUGUCUAUCUGCCAGUAGAGUGCCUCUUACGUCGAUGCUCAUAAAAGAGCUGUUCGUUGUCUGCACCUGUCCCCGGAUAGCUGAGCAUCCACGCGUCCGCAGUGAAAUCAGGACGUAACCCACAGACGGCUAGAUGACCCAAGUCUGGUAGACCAACCCCCAGAAAGCCAGUCUGAUCGCCAAUUGGCGUCGUAAAGUGCAUGACCGUCCAGUCAAUCCCCCGAUUGGCAGUAUCUUGAUAUAACCAGCCCGGAGCCACUUCAACUGAGUCCACCUUGGCAGGUCCAUAAGGGCGUUGAUACCAACUUUGCCCCGGAUAAAGUUUGGCACUCUGCAAACAGACAACGACCAACAAACGGUAGGUAGUGGGCAAGCUACGUUGUUUUUGACCACUUCGGUCUGACCCAAUUGGGCUUCAGCCAAUUUCCGGCGGGCAAAACAAUGACGCGAUCCAUCCAAGGGAUAUUGACUUCCCGCUCGGGGAGUUUAUCGGUAAAGCAGUGAGCUGCGGUGAGGCCGAAACUCGGGCCACCUGCCACAGUGCCACUGCAACGCGCGACUGGGCGACCACCUUGUCCAUCGUCAUAUUCGAUUUCCAAAUAUCCUACAGAGACAGGCAGGCAGGCAGGCAGGCAGAUCGAUUGACGCAUCUCUAGACCAUAUUUGUCCGCCGAACGCGCUCACCCACCGAAUGCUCUCCACGGAUAGUCUUCCUGCGGGCCUGCUCUGGUGCGGCUUUCCCCGUCGAACACACACUCAGGCGAGGCCAAGUCUAGAGUGGCGGUCGUGUUGUCUAGAUGGUUGACUGCGUUGUUCUUGCGGAAGGUGGAAGGCAAAGGCAAAGGCCUGGGGUUCGACGUGGCAACGUCCUUCGGGUCCCAAUCCGAGCCUUUCUUGCCAGGCAAACCUGCUAGUGAACCAAGAAAGUGUCUCAAGGCAUCAGCGCCUGGUUGCACGAGCGUUACUGACCUGACGAGGAUAUUCCGCGCUCCUUCAGCCUCUGACGCAUCUCCUCAUAGGUGCUGGCCCUCAGACGGGCAUAUGUGUCGCCCCCUGGCACAAUACGAACAGUCCUGACCCUUUCCAGGCGGACCGCUUCCGCCUCUCCACGUGAAUCUCUCAGUGCCUUCUGUCGGUCGGUCGAGUUGGUCCCGCCGGUGAGGCGCCCAAUGAAGACGUAGCCCUGAUCGCGGAACCGAUGAACGACCGCUGGAGUGAGCUGUUGCGCUCCACCCGCCGAUUCGCGGAUGUCGGAGAGCUUCACGAAGGCGAAGUUGUUCCCCAGCUUGAUGGCUCCCUUGUUGAUGUCCUCACAGCUGCCUUGGUGGCGGAUGGUCUGCUUCUGGCAUAGCGCGAGGCACCCCGUGGCGAACGUGAUUUCGUUAUCGGCACAGACCAGCUGCUCAUUGGCGACAAGCGCAUGGCGGGUGCCGCGAGGGGCGGAGCUGCCGACAGGGGUGAAGGUUUGGCAGUUGCAGAGGGAGCCGACGUCUAACACACACACACAGACCAUCCAGCCACGCAGCCAUCAUCGUGUCUGUCGAUCACCGUCUUUUCUGGGGUUGCUUCCGUCCUCUGGCGAAGGGCAGGCAGUGAUCAUGGCAAAGAGGAGAAAUCCGACGAGGCAGCACAGGCACUUCGUCAUUGCUGCGAGGUGAACGGGAAGGCCAC